AUGUCUAUUGAUCGGCGUGAAGAGAUGACGGUGGACGGCGACGGAUCUGUCGGAGGUGGAGAUACUCCGUUACCGGAUUUUACUCCGGCGGAGACAGUAUCUCAAAGCCUGAGGCGAAUACCUAACAACGAGCAUAAACCGGAGAGUUACGAAGAUCUGGAACUGGAAUUUAGCCCCUGUUUAUUCAGUUCGCUGGAGAAGUACUUGCCUUUGAAUAUGCUUAGCUCGAAUAGAGACGAGAAAGUGAAAUUCAUGUCGAGUAUUCUUCUCAAGUAUCUUCCUCGUGGAGAGCGUUCAAGAGUUAGAAGGCACAAGGAAUAUAAGCAGAACAUAAUAUCCAAUUACCAGAGACUUAACAAGGAGUUGUAUACUCUUGAUCCAACGUUCUUUUUCCUUCCUUCGUUCCUGAAGGCGAUUGACGAAAACACGGAGGAAAGUUUCAGAAGCAUUAUAUCAGAACCGUUUCCUGGUGUUUAUGUCUUUAAAAUGCUUCAGCCCGAUUUCUGUGAGAUGAUGUUAUCAGAGGUAGAGAAUUUCGGUAAGUGGGUUAACGAGACAAAGUUACGGAUUAUAAGACCAAACACCAUGACUAAUUACGGUGCUGUGCUUGACGAUUUUGGUUUGGAUAGUAUGCUUGACCAACUCAUAGAGGGCUUUAUCCUUCCUCUUUCCAAAGGCAAGUCAAUAUAUGACUUCAAUGCAUUAGAGAGAUUUGUUACGCUGCUUGGGUUGUCUGAACAUCAUUCCUUAGAGAAAGCUAGAGUGAACAUACGGUUUAGUAUCAAAGUAACAUUGAAUGCUUGUUUGGGUAAAGAAUUUUUGGGAGGGGAAUUAUAUUUCCGAGGUACAAGAUGCGAGAAACAUGUGAAUACAGAUGCAAAGCCAGAGGAAACAUUUGAUUACUCUCAUAUACCGGGUCAAGCAAUACUUCACCGUGGCCGCCAUCGCCAUGGUGCCAGAGCCACAAUAUCUGGUCAUCGGGUCAAUAUGAUUCUUUGGUGCAGAAGCUCUAUUUUCAGAGAGAUGAAAACUUAUCAGAAGGGAUUCCCGAACUGGUGCGGUGAAUGCUCCCGAGAAAAGAAAGAAACGCAAAUGCAAACUCUUGCUGCCAAAAGAAAGGAAUUGAUUAGAAUAGAGAGCAAAGCCAGAGAUCAAUGA